AAUACAUGGGCUAUAAAUUCUCAAGGCUGUUGCUUUUUCAGUUAGGUUUGUGCAUUUAGGCUCAAAGUGUUUGGUACAAUGGACCUCCCUAGCAGUGUCCUGCUUUUCCUCAUCCUUUCUUGUUGCCUCUGGAAUGCUGAAGCCCGAAACUAUAAUUCUAUAAUUGCAGUGCCAAAUGGAGGCCCUUGGGGUAAUUGGGGCGAUGUUCAAUUUUGUCCCCAAGGCUAUGCUAAUGGUUUCUCAUUGAAGGUGGAACGCCACCAAGGUCGAGGGGAUGACACGGCCCUGAACGGAAUACGCCUACAUUGCACUAAUGGAGCAUUAAUAGAGUCUAAAGUUGGACCGUGGGGAGAUUGGACAGGAAUUCAGUAUUGUCCCCAAGGCAAUCUGGUCUCUUUCUCAAUGAGAGUGGAAGGACAACAAGGGAAAGGUGAUGAUACGGCAGCCAACAAUGCCCAGUUCACCUGUGAAGAUGGGACUCCACUUACUGGACAUGGAGAAGGCUGGGGUCAGUUUGGCCCAUGGAGCCCUCGCUGUCCUUAUCCUUAUGACUCCAUCUGUGGAAUCCAGACAAGGGUGGAGAAUCCCCAAGGGAAGGGUGAUGACACGGCCCUUAAUGAUGUGAAGUUCUUCUGCUGUUCUUCUUAAUGAUGUGAAGUGCUUCUCUUCCAAGACAUGUUAGUUUUCCCAUGAAUAAUUAACCAGAAAUGUUAAGCAUUCAUUUGUUUUCACUUCAGUAAAGUGUACAUUUCUCUUUGGGUCCAUUCCACUCUACCAAUUUCUAACUUUGUUACUCUGUGUUAACUGCAAUGGUUCCAUCCUAUGGAAUUCUGGGACUGAUAGUUUUUGACAACUACAUUUAGAAUUCUUCACCAGAGCACUCCAGAGACAAACCAAAACCCCUAGAAUUACAUAGGAUGGAACCAUUGUAGUUUACAUGGAAUAACACCAGUAUAAACACAUAGUAUGGAUGACCUAUAUGUUUCUAUGUUGAUCUGAAUUGGUCUUCUCUGUUUAUGUUCCCUGUAGAUGAAAUGCAAUUAAAACAUUUUAUGGACUACUUGAGUAGUGUGGGAGCCAGCAUGGUGCAGUGGUUUGAACGUUGGCUAAUGUGAUGAUUGCCGUUAGCAAUUAG